AUGGUAAAUAUUAUAACCGGGGGUGAAGAGGUCAACGGGGUAAUAUACACGGCAGCAAAAAAGACAUCCAAGAUCUCAGUUACCCAUGGGAAGAGGAUUCGUCAAGUCGUGGAGGGAGACAACAUAACGUUUGACGAUGAAGAUACGGAUGGCUUGAUUAUCCCUCAUAAUGAUGCACUGGUAAUAUCUUUACUUGUUCAUGAUACUAAUGUCAAGCGAGUUUUGAUGGACCCAGGCAGCUCUGUGAAUAUCAUACUUCUAAGAGUGGUGAAUGAGAUGCAAGCGACUGGACAUAUCAUACCCAAGGAUUGUUCGUUAUCUAGGUUUGAUAAUUCAAGUGUUGUAACAAAAGGUGAAAUUAUUUUAGCAACAUUCGCAGAGGGUGUCAUCAAAGAUAUUAAGUUUCAACUAGUGGAUGCAAACAUGGCCUAUAAUAUAAUUUUAGGAAGGUCGUGGAUUCAUGACAUGGAUGCAAUGUCGUCAACCUUGCAUUAG